AUGUUGAAUAGCUUUAGUAGAGUAGGAUAUAGACUAUCAAACAAUAUAAUAUAUAGAUCAAUGAGCAGUACAAAUAGCAAAGGCAGAGUAGAGCAGAUCAUUGAGAAUAAGCUUAGAGAUAGUUUCUCACCUUCACAUUUAGAGGUUUUAAAUGAGAGUUACAUGCAUAGCGUUCCUAAAGGCUCAGAGACUCAUUUCAAAGUAGUCGUUGUUUCUGAUAUGUUUAAAGGAAAAUCACUUAUCGAACAACAUAGAAUGGUGAACAACACACUCUCUGAGCAAUUGAGCUCUGGUGUACAUGCUCUUAGUGUGAAAACAGCGACUGUAGAAUCUUGGGCAAAGAAUUCUAGUGUACAGCCCUCGCCAUCAUGCCUGGGUGGCAUGAAAAAUGAAAAAAAAUAA